AAUGUUCAGUCAGAUGGCAAAGAAUUCUCUCUAACCAUUUCUCUUCAAAUUCUCCUUGAGAAUUGCUUUAAAUUGCCUUCUCUACCAUUGAAAAUGGAUCAAUCUCAUAGAGCCAAAAAGCUCAAACCCAUGAAGAAACACAAGAAGAACCGCCUCAUCCCACCCAAUAACCAUUUGAUUCUCAAUCUUCUCACCGGAUUAAUGUGCAUUUUAGCCUGUUCUAACCAUUUUUUCCUUCCCUCAUCCUCCAUAGAGUCUUACCUGGAUCAUUUUCUAUCUGUCACGCUCCCUCGCCUAGAGUCGACCUUCCUUCACCCGAAAUGCCUCUUCUUGGUGGUCAACGCCAUCGUCAUGUUCCUCAUCGGUGAAUCGAGGCUCCGGGCAUUGCCCUCGUCUCCGGCCGACGACCUCUACACCGAGUACGUCCGCCAAGUCAGUCAAGGCAAGAAGGAUUUCAAAGUUUACGAUCCCGUUCCAAGGAAGAAAAAUAAUAAGGAGAGGGACUCUAAGAAGAACUUUAUUGGCGAAAACCAAGAAGUUGAAGAAGUGAGAGAAGAACGGACAAGGACAUUGUUGGAGAAGGGUAAAGAGGAGGAGGAGGAGGAAUUGCCUGCUGAGGAAUUGAAUAGGAGAGUUGAAGCGUUCAUUGCUAGGGUUAAUAAGCGAAGGCGGCUUGAGGCCAGAACUUUAACAUGUGCCGACGCAUGACUCCACCAUGUUAUUUCGCAUCCAGACCAUCGUUGAUUUUUGGAAUAGUAGGUUUAGGACAUGAUUUAGAUUCGAUAAACAAAGGAGUGUAUCCUUCUCAAGAUUAUCUU